UCUAAAUAAUUUUUUUUCUUCAAAUGCACUUUAGUACUGACAUGAAUUUUGUGUAUGGUGAAAUAUUGUAUAGGCUAACAUGGCUACUUGUCCAAGCAUGAUUGUACCAGAAGUUCUCAGAAAAGAAAAUUAUGAAAGGUGGAGCAUUUUAAUGGAACAUUAUUUAGUAGCUCAAAAUCUUUGGGACGUUGUUCAAGUAAAUGAGAUGCCUGGCCAGGGAGAGUGGAUUCAAAAGAAUGCUUUAGCUCUGCAUGCAAUUAAGGUUUCAUGCGGAACAGAAAUGUUCAAUCGGAUUAAGAAGAUUAAUUCAGCCAAAGCUGCUUGGGAUGCUUUAGCCGAAAUGCAGGGACCACCUUCCUAUCACGACAUUGUUGAGCUCCAAGAAGCUUUCUCUAUGGACAUUGACGGGUUGCAAGUGGAAACGCUAACAGGUUUUAUUACAUCUCCUCUGUUCCGAGUUUGCUAUUUCUUCUGCGCAUUUGUUGUUGGAGGUCGAAUUUCUAUUGCCUUACAAGUUACAAACAUGAUUGGCAGGGCAACAAAAGACCUUGCAUGAUUGGAUUCGCAGGGGGAAUAUUGGCAAAGUAAAGCAGUUCUUACGCGACAAUCCGGAUUCAAGAUUUGAAAGUAUAUUAGCCUCUGCUAUCCGCGAUGCAAUUACUGCUGGUGAGAAAGAAUUUGCACGCUAUCUCUACAAGGAGACUCCUCUGGAAUAUCUAAAUGGAGAUGGUGGCUUUUUCCUCCUCCAAGAGUGUAUAAAAAAGAAAAUGUUUGGUAUGAGCUUUAACAAUCUUUUUCCUUUUCCUGUUAAUGUUUCACUUUUAUCUCACAAAAUGUGGUAUCAGAUAUUGCAUUCGAUCUACUCCGCUUUGUUCCAGAGCUGGCAAUCAGAUACCCUUCUGGUUCCACUCCACUCAUUUUAAUGCUUGCUCAAUCACCCUCAGUGUUGGAAGGAAGACUUUUUGGAUCUUUGUCACUGUGGAUAUAUAAUUAUAUAAGAGUGAAGUUAUACCCCAUCAAACCAGAAGGGACUCCAGCUAAUGGUGUUGGCAUCGUUGAGAACCAACAAACACGAGGGGAGUCAAUCAUUUCAGUGUUUAAAUCCUUUCGUUCUAAUCCUGGAAAACUUCCAGAGGCAAUAAAAACUGCGAUUUCACUCAUCAGUGGAUUUACUCUUGUGGCGUUGUAUUUUCUGCGUCAAUCACAUGGAUGGGAUGGAUCAGUGUCACCAGCUAUUAUUUUGGGUUUCGUGGGAGUGCUCGUAGCAUUCAGUGCUGUGGCAGGACUCAGACGGCAUCAAUGGCUCACAUUAAUACCAAUGCUCGUAUUUUCACUCGGUAAGCAAUAACAUGAACUUAGUUGA